AUGUCACCCUCCGCAACUCUGUCUGUGGGCGACGAAAAUGAAGUCGAGAGCGAGGACGAGAGCGAGGACGAGCGCGACGAGCUGGACAACGAUGAGGAGGAAGUUGCUGACUUGGUGGGUCAGGCCACGUUCAAUUUCGAGCGCAAACUAGACGUUCAGACUGCUCUGGACGUCUCGCAAGUGCUAUCACGGCUCCACGGGUCAUUCAGCGAAGACGUCGCAAACAAAGUGUUCAUUGUGAUUCCCCCCGGCGGCGUCCCUUCCCUUUGGCUUCCUGACCUCGCAGUGCUCGCACGUUGGAUGGCCUGGGCUCGGACCGCCGUGUUCCACUUGAACACCUUCGUCGCGAACCUCCUCAUUGCGAUGCAGUUUGGGUACCCUCCGACGCCGCUCCCUCCUCAGCACGAAGAGGUGAUCGCCCGCACCCGUCGCAACGUGUUCAACGUCGACCCCCUUGCCUUCGCCCCUCCUGCUCCGCCCGCCGCUGCUUCGUCCGUCACGCCUCCUCGGUCCCGCCUUCAGUACAACUCCCCGACUCCCUCCGAUCAUUCCUCUGGGAUCGCCAGCCCAAUGAGGGGACUCUCCGACGACGAGCUAGCUCAGUUCUACGCCCCUUCUUCCCCCUCCCUGGCCAACUCCCCAUCCGUCGGAGGCCGCUCUCCCACCGUCGAGGACUCCUCCGGACCUGAUGAUCCGCCCCUUUCUCCUCCUCGUCAACCCCGCGCGAUCGGCCCAACCUCUGGUCCUCCCGCCACGACCGACGCGAACGGAAACCGUAUCUUCGUGCCGCCUCGCGCCCGUUCUGGCCCAUCUCGCCCGGUAGCACCGUCCGGCCCCUCGCUUGCGAGUACCUCUCUGGUUCCCUCCGUGGCCCCUAGGCCCUCGUGCCCCUCCGUGCCUCCGCGUCCGACCGUGCCCGCCGCCACCGUUCCCACAGCGUCGACAGUUUACACCGAUCCUGCGCCACCACUCCCCUCCGACGCCGUGCGAGAGAUGCGCCGCACUGUCUCCUCGUGGGCUCUGCCGAGUCGAUGGCAACCCCGACCACGCGUGCGUGUACUGCGCGAAGAAGAAGACGAGGUGCAGUAUCCGCCACACCCCCGUCCGGUCCUUAAUGCUUCCAUCAGGAAAAACGCUCGGGAGCGCUGA